AUGUCGUUCAACAUUGACAUGUCCCGCCGCAACAAGGAGCCCCGGCCGCUCAAGGACAGCGAACGCGCUCGGCUCGAGGAGUUUAUCGACUCGAUCCACUACUCUGCGAGAUACUCGGACGAUGAGUUUGAGUACCGCCACGUCCAACUGCCCAAGACAAUGCUCAAGGCCAUCCCCAAGGAUUACCACGACAGUUCAAAAGGCACACUGAAGCUGCUUUGGGAAGACGAGUGGAGGGCAAUCGGCAUCACCCAGAGUCUCGGAUGGGAACACUACGAGGUACACGAACCGGAGCCGCACAUCCUCCUUUUCAAAGCCACGCUCACGAUGAGGCCUGCGCAGUAUCAAUGUGACCAUCCUAAUCAGACAUUCUCUCAGAUCUCUCCGAAAGCCAUCGUUUCGGACGCAUGCGCCUCGUACUCGACCCUCGAGAAGCUCAACCGCAGGGUCAAGCCUGCCGUCGAUGACCUGACCAAGAACACCGACUUUUUCGCAUAUUACCGCCUCAACCUCUUCAACAAAAAAUGUCCAUUCUGGAACGAUGAGAAUGGCAUGUGCGGCAACAUUGCCUGCGCCGUGCAGACUCUGGAGAAUGAGGAGGACAUCCCGGAGACCUGGAGAGCCAGCGAGCUGGGCAAGCUGAAGGGCCCGCACGCUGAACAUCCUGGCAAGAAGGCCCAGGAGGAGAAACCGUUCCGACCGCUGCAGGGUCGUCUUGGCGAGAACGUCGGCGAGUCUUGCAUUUUCGAGUGCGACGACGAGUGCGACGAGCGUGACUACUGUGUGCCCGAGGACGAGAGCGCCAGCGCCAAGGGGGACUAUGUCAGCCUGGUACACAACCCAGAGCGCUUCACAGGCUACGGUGGCGAGGGCGCCAAGAUGGUCUGGGACGCCAUUUAUAGGGAAAACUGCUUCAUGAAGUCUUCAUUCCCACACGCCUCAAAGCUGGGUGCGCAGUCGCUCCCGAAUGGUCCGGCUGCGUUCGACUUCCGGCAAGUCCUCAAGGAUGCAGAUCGCAAGCAACUGGUGGAGCAGCACUUGCAGAACCCCGACCUGACACUGACCGAGACCGCUAUGGAGACGGAGGACGAGUGCCUUGAGAAGCGGGUUUUCUAUCGUGUCAUCUCUGGUAUGCACGCCAGCAUCAGCACCCACCUCUGCUAUGACUUCCUCAACCAGUCCACUGGCGAAUGGCAGCCAAACGUCCAGUGCUAUAUUGAUCGACUGCACACGCAUCCUGAGCGCAUCUCCAACUUGUAUUUCAACUACGCUCUCGUCACUCGCGCAAUCGCGAAGCUUGGGCCUCAGCUUUCCUCCUACACAUUUUGCACCGGCGAUCCGGAUCAGGACGCGGCUACCAAGGCCAACGUCCUGGCUGUCACCCAGGGAGCCGCUUCUGUCCCCGAGAUUUUUGACGAAAGCCUGAUGUUCAAGAAUGGGGAGGGCCCGUCGCUGAAAGAAGACUUCAGAAAUCGCUUCCGCAAUGUGAGCCGCAUCAUGGAUUGUGUCGGCUGCGACAAAUGCCGCCUUUGGGGGAAGAUUCAGACCAACGGAUAUGGAACAGCGCUCAAAGUGUUGUUCGAGUUCGACAAUGACAGCAAAGAGAUUCCGCAGCUGAAGCGUACAGAGCUCGUUGCUCUUUUCAAUACUUACGGUCGCCUCAGUCAUUCCAUGGAAGCCCUGAGCAAGUUCAGAGACUUGGUUGAUAUGCCAGCUGAAUCGCAGACCCAGACCAAACCUGUCAGCGAUGAGACGAACGUUGCAGAGCCGUUGGCUGAGACAAAGCCAGAUGGCGAGGCUCCCGUUCAGGAAGAUUGGGAGGAGAGGCAGGAGGAACAUCCGCGCCGGCCAAAGACGGACGACGAAUCGUCUCACAAUGACGCCACCGAGGAGCUUGAGCGAAUCAUGAAGGUCCUCAAGUUUAUCUUCAAGGGCUGGUUCAACGCUCCAAAGACAUUCUGGUACAUAAUAUCGACCGAAUUUCGGCGUUUCGGCCAGGGCUUCCUCGGCCUACCUGUCUCUCCAAGGAGCUGGAAAUGGGGCCUCGACCGCGAGGCCUUUGAAGAUCUGUGA